AUGGCGGAGAAUGCAACGAGCACGACCGCAGCAGCGCAGUCGACUGAAGUGAAGGAAGCCCCUUCGACUUCGAACCCUCCUAAAGGGAACAAACCCAAGUAUCGCGACAGAGGUUCAAAAUCGGCACACGAUGAUCAGUUCAGAAGAGCAGCCGGAGCUAAGGCCAUGGCAGCUAAUGACGCUAGACUCGACCAAGCAUUAUUUUCACAUUUAAUUUCUAUAACAACAAAAUUUCCAAACUUUAACCAUACGCCACAACCAGUAACAGCAACAAUACCACAAACGACUCGGGGAAUUGGAUUCGCCCUUCAACAAUCAGCAACUUUUGCUCAUGAGCGAAAACCGUUUAUAGGUAUCACCGUCCAUCAGAUGUAUAGAGUAGCGUUAGCACAGAACGCUAUUAUUAGACAAAAGACGACACCAAUGGGACACCAACAUCAUCCCUAUGCGUCUGAAAUGCGUUUUGACGCUCCACCAUUCUAUGGUUUUGAUAUCAAGAUGGCUUCGCACGACAGGCACUUUACACCAGUAGUAGCCGUUCUAUCGGCCUUUGGCAACUUGUCUAUAGGUGGACAUGAUUACCACGGAUUCCUGCCCCAAUCGGGAAUGUCUGUUACAAAUUCGAGUUCAGGGUUUGAAUCUGGGUUUUAUUUGAGAGAUGGUGAAUUGGGUUAG